GUUUCCUGAAAGACAGAAAAAUGGAGGAAUCAGUACAUCAGCUACAGCCGUUGAAUGAGAAGCAGGUCGCCAACUCUGAAGAUGGCUUCGUAUGGCAAGUCACCGAUAUGAACCGACUGCACCGGUUCUUAUGUUUCGGUUCUGAAGGUGGAACUUACUAUAUCAAAGAGCAGAAGCUGGGCCUCCAGAAUGCCGAGGCUUUAAUUCGGCUGAUUGAAGAUGGCAGAGGGUGUGAAGUGAUCCAAGAAAUCAAGUCAUUUAGUCAAGACGGUAGAACCGCAAAGCAAGAGCCGAUGCUCUUUGCACUGGCCAUCUGCUCCCAGUGUUCUGACAGGAGCACGAAGCAGGCUGCGUUCAAAGCUGUGUCUGAAGUGUGUCGCAUUCCGACACAUCUUUUCACUUUCAUUCAGUUUAAGAAAGAUCUGAAGGAAAGCAUGAAAUGCGGCAUGUGGGGCCGUGCCCUCCGGAAGGCCAUUGCAGACUGGUACAACGAGAAGGGAGGCAUGGCCCUGGCUCUGGCAGUUACGAAGUAUAAACAGAGAAAUGGCUGGUCUCACAAGGAUUUGUUGCGAUUGUCACAUCUUAAGCCUUCCAGUGAAGGACUUGCUAUCGUGACCAAAUACAUCACAAAGGGCUGGAAAGAGGUCCAUGAAUUGUAUAAAGAAAAAGCACUUUCACUGGAGACUGAAAAACUGUUAAAGUAUUUGGAGGCUGUAGAGAAAGUGAAGCGGACGAAAGAUGAACUGGAAGUCAUUCAUCUAAUAGAAGAGCACAGGCUAGUAAGGGAACAUCUGCUCACAAAUCACUUAAAGUCGAAAGAGGUGUGGAAGGCUUUGCUACAAGAAAUGCCUUUGACUGCUCUACUAAGAAAUCUGGGAAAGAUGACUGCCAAUUCGGUGCUUGAGUCAGGAAAUUCAGAAGUAGCUUUAGUAUGUGAAAAACUGUGUAAUGACAAACUGUUAAAAAGGGCUCGCAUACAUCCAUUCCAUGUCUUGAUCGCCUUGGAAACUUACAGAACAGGUCAUGGGCUCCGGGGAAAACUCAAGUGGCGCCCUGAUGAAGAAAUUCUGAAAGCACUGGAUACUGCUUUUUAUAAAACAUUUAAGACUGUUGAGCCCACUGGGAAGCGUUUCUUGCUGGCUGUUGACGUCAGUGCUUCUAUGAACCAAAGAGUUUUGGGUAGCAUCCUCAACGCCAGUACAGUUGCUGCAGCAAUGUGCAUGGUUGUCACACGAACAGAAAGAGAUUCGUAUGUGGUUGCUUUUUCAGAUGAAAUGGUACCUUGCCCGGUGACUGUAGAUAUGACUUUACAACAGGUUUUAAUGACAAUGAAUCAGAUCCCCGCAGGUGGAACCGAUUGCUCUCUUCCCAUGCUCUGGGCCCAGAAGACAAAUACGGCUGCCGAUGUCUUCAUUGUAUUCACAGAUAAUGAGACUUAUGCUGGGAAGGUACAUCCUGCUGUCGCUCUGAAGGAAUAUCGCAAGAAAAUGGAUAUUCCAGCUAAAUUGAUUGUUUGUGGAAUGACAUCAAAUGGCUUUACCAUUGCAGACCCUGAUGAUAGAGGCAUGCUGGAUAUGUGUGGCUUCGAUAUUGGAGCUCUGGAUGUAAUUCGAAAUUUCACAUUAGAUUUGAUUUAGUCAUAAGCACCAACAUGAUCUGAGAGGUCCAUUGCCAUCAGUGAUCUCGAGAAAAAUAUGCAGCUACUUCCCAAUCUUAAUCCAAUGAAAAACUGAUAUGAUGGUAUAGUAUACUUAUCUAUAACAGGAGGCUUAACUUUUACCAAAAAUGGCAGGGAGAGGGAAGAAGGAAAACUAAGAUAAGCCCAAAGCUCUUUCUGCUAAAUAAGCUCUUGGGAAAUAGCUUCCAAAGGCACUGUCUCACAGAGAACUUCUUAGUAAGACACUGUAAAGCCCAAUUUUUUUUCUGUGGUGAAUAAUUGCAUUUGUAUGUAAAAGAAGUGAGAGCCAAAAGUGUAAGUAGUUCUUAUCAUGUCACUUAUUUUAGGAGGGCUUGAAAGCUCUCUUCAGUAUUGGCAUCAGGAAAGGACAACUUUGAUAAUAUCCAAAACUCUGAAAUGCACUGGACCAUGUAACUGUGAUGGAAUAUGAAAUUCAUCUGUAAACUUUUAUACUGAGGGGGGUUAAAAAAAAAACACUAAAUUAUGAAUGCGUUUUGAAAAUUCCUUUAAGACUUUUCUAAGAGCUCAUAAAUAAUUGCUUUCCCAUUCAACAACAAAAAAAAGAUUUUGUUUUUGACAUUUCUAUUUAUGCUUGUAGAAUAAUCACCAUUAAUCAGAAUAAUUACCAUUAAUGAGAAAUUUUAAUGGACACCCUCAGAGGAGACACUAAAGUUUAUGGCAGCAGAGGAAGUCUACUUGGUGUGCUUCUUUGUAUCUUUUAAUGUAUUUCACUGAUGUGAGGGGUGUGACUUAACAAUUUCCUUUAAAUUUUAACAAUACAAAUACUUUCAGUCACUUCCUCCCACCCAUUCUUAAAAUAAAAACAGCAUCAUAUUUCAAGUACUGGAUCCCCUACGCAUAAUCUGGAAGUAUGACCAUUGAAAUCUCCACCUUAACCAGAUUAGCCUUUCCUUUCAUUAAAUAUUGUUCUAAUUUUAACUAUUUUUUAGCUGGUUGUAAAUGUAUUUUAGGUAUUUUCUAAUUGUAAACAUGUCAAUGACCUUCUAUCCCUUUGUUCAUUAUUCAUUUUAUGGCAAAACCUUUUCAUUAAAAAAAUAAAUAAAGCUAGCUAGGUCUUUCAGAUUUGAAAGACAGUUUUUGAAUAGCAUUCUGACCUAACCAUCUGUAAGAAACUUUUUCUAUUUUGUGUAUAUAUUAAACAUCCUUUUCAUUUCACUAAA